AUGACUCAGGCUUAUAAUCUCGGAUUCGAAACUCCAAAAUAUACACCAAUGGGUUUUUCUACCCAGGAAAUUAACGUCAUGGGCGAUUUCCCACCUUAUCAUAUCUUGACCGGCGUCCCGCUACCUCAACCCUACAAAGGAUUCAAUCCCGAAACGGCUCUUGCUAGACCUUAUAGACCUAUAAGAUGGCAAUAUCAUCAAACUAUGUCUUUUCAAAAAAUGGAAUCCGACUGGUGGCUCGAAGUCGAGAAUACAUACUGUUCUCGCAUGGCCGAACGUCAGAGACUCUUCAAACAAUACGGCAAAAUGGUCCUCGACUAUCUUCCUGGAAGUGAACUCGCCACUAAAGAACUCAUGGAAAUGUGUCUCCAAUUCUACUGUGCCCGCUACCCCGCCUAUUUCUCCCUCUCACCCGAUAACAGAACAUUCCACAAUGCUCUCCUCAAAACUACUACCGAAAUCAAAUCCAUGCAUCCCUUACACGUCCUCCUCAACAACGUCCCCGAAGAUUUCGCAAUUGUGUUGAGAAAUGACGAAGAUGGAAUGUAUUAUUUUCGCGCCGGCGUCAUCUGUAGUUCACUGGGCUGGAAUGUCGCCACGAAAAUUGGUUUAAAACUCGAGGAUAUCCAUAAGCCAAUCCCAGAUUACAAGGAAAAAAUGUCUUUCAGUAUGGAUCGCUUUUUCACCAAGAUGUCAGCCGAUGCUCCAAUUCAGCGCGGUAGCUGGGGUCUCGAAGUCGAUUCUCCUUUAUUUAUGCCUGCUGGCCAUCCGCAUGAAAAAUUGAGAGAAAUACAAAAGGAAGAUCUGACGAUUGAAGAAUGUAAUUUGAGAGUUGACUGGCAGACACUAAGACGAUUACCAUUGAGUGGAGGCGUGGUAUUCAACUUCAAAGCCUUAUUCACGCCCGUGACGGAGUUUAGGGAUGAACCAUAUAUCCCAGCAUUGAUGUGCAAGAUCUUGAAAGAAGGAAAGAAGAGUAUGAUGGAAUAUAAGGGAACUUGGCAUGUAGAGCAUGUGGUUAUCCCGACAAUGGAAGAGUGGGCCAAGGAACAGGUGGAUAAGGGAUGGGUGGUGCCGCAGGAGGGAGAGGAAGUUUGGAAGGAGGAGACAUUAAGUGAGAGUCCGUAUUUUCCCGGUUGGGAAGAAAAGUGGCAUAGGCAGCAGGGAUUUUAA